AUGAAGGACAAUUGUAAAACGGAUUUUGUACUAGAGGGGUGCAAUUGGAAAUCUAGGGGUCUUGGUAUCGCCAAGGUUCAGAUUCCUCCUCAGCGGUCAACUGAGGAAAGUGUCUCCAGAGGAGGACCUUGGGUCGAAGCCCGGAUCGCAAAUUUAGUGAAAUUGAAGUUCUCAAGUUUUGAUUUUAAAAAGGACGAAGAUGGUGCAUUUGAGAACUUCUUGCAGGACCUUGAAGAAAAGGGUUUUAAACAACUUAUUGGUGCAUCAGACAAGCCAGAGGAUGAAGAUGAGAAAGUAUACCCAAGACAUGUCCAAGAUCUCAUAGAAAAGGAUGGGAAAACAACUGAAAAACUUCAGAAAGAAGUCAUAGAUCUAUUUAUUUUCUACCUUACAAAGCUGCCACAUGUACCCGAAAAAUACUUUGAUGACUUAGAGUCAGCUCAUAAAAGGGCAUUAGAGAUCAUUGAAGAUUGCUGUAUAUUCAAGGAUCUGAAGGAUUUAGAAUUUCUGAGAUCCAUGUUUAAAACCCUCCAGGAGUUUAUAAGUGAACCAGACUUUCCACAAAAGGAUGAAAUAGUGUAUGUCACAAGGAAAGCAGUUAAGGAAUGCCUAAAUGUUUUGAAAAGAGAUAAACCACUUGAUGUAUAUGAUAUGACCCUACAACUCUGGAAGGCUGUGGCCAUUAGUCCUAAUGUUGACAAGUUCCUUGACCUCAUCAUGACCUUUGAUGAACUUACAAGUCAUCUUAAAGAACAACACAUUAAGAAAGAACCCAAGCUGUUUGAGACCUGGGCACCUGUGGCCCUAGAAGUAUUGGAGAAAGGACUUCCAUUGGUGAAGACAGGAAAAAUCAUGAGAUCUAUGAUAUAUGAUUUCAGAGAUUAUGCUAAACCUCAGAAGUCAUAUGACAAGCUGUGGAUACCAAUCUUAGUUAACUGUGUGAAGUGGCAGAUUCCAGUUACAAUGGAGGCAGCUUGUAGAGUGAUUAGGGAUGACCAAUGGGUUCGCUGUCUAAAUUGGAAGGAAAACACAAAGGCUGCCCAGGAAAUUUUGCAGACAUUGAUUGACAUGGAUUUCGAUAAGAUCAGUGAAACAAAUGAAUUAAAAGAAAUUGCAGAUGUGGGAGGGGACAUUGUGAAUUACCUCAUGGAAAAACUCAAAAUCUGCAAAGCCCAUAAAAGUUGUGAGGUACUGGUAACAGAGCUGUGUAUGAAACUCUUGGAGAAAUAUGACCUUGUGGAGGAAUUAUAUAAACUGACAGAUGAAGCUGCCACAAAGGUGUCACUAAAGUACAACAAAGAUCUGAUUGGUCAGUACUUAGACCGCUUUAUGGCAUUGUUGAAGAAUGAAGAUGUUCCUUGGGACAAUACUUCACAGAGCUAUCUGAGUUCUGUUUUCAUCAGCUACCUUGUUGACUCAAUUUAUUAUGAAGACAAACAAUUUAAUGAUUCGGAGGUGGACCAGAAAAUGAUUGACAUGAUUCUGUUCAGCAUGGAGGAGGACCGGGAACUCUGUGAUUGGUCCAAUGGGCAACUUACCGUGUUUGGAAUAAUUGCCACAGAUAUUCUAACAAAAUUUGUCAGUGCAAAACGGGACAGCAAUACCCUCAGUAAGUUAAAGCCUCUGAUCCCAAGUAUCCAGCGUUUGAUGUCCAAUCAUGAAGACGAGAGAGUUACUGAGCAGUGUGGGGAUAUCUUAGUUAUGAUUGGUCAACAAGCCUCACAAGUGCUGGACUCGGACCACAUCGGGAACCUUAUUGACCACUAUAUUGAAAAUCCUGAUGUACACAUCAUGGUGAAUUUAGAAGCAGCAUAUGAAAAUGGGCCUGAAGAAUUUGCAAAGCGAUUCAGUGAUCUAGUGGAGGUGUUUGCCAAGGACAAUCAGACAAACUGCUUUGUCAUGCAGUGUCUCCUGUUAAAGAAGAUUGCGGAAACUCAACCAGAGGUAUUCACUCCCCAUACUAUGAAGCUGUUCUUUGAUGUCCACUUCAUGGACUUCACAGCAAACAGUCAGGUGUUGAUCUUCAUGGACAUACUGUCCAAAUCACAACCUGCCCUUUUUGGGCCCUUCAUCCCUCACCCCCUGCUGAACCCCAAACUGAUGUUGGACACUAUGGCCAGCUACCAGAUGAACAUUGUCACUAGGGCUGCUGCUGUCUGUAAGGACUGCCAGAAGCCAGUUUUUGACUAUUUCAUAGAGAGACUAAAGAGUUCCACUGACCAGCAUGUGUUAUAUGCUUGUAUAAUGGGUCUGAGAGAGAUGCUGGAGAUUUGUGGUCCAGACUUUUUCACAGAGGAAGUCAAGGCAGAAAUAGAGAAACAGAAGACAAAUGCUCCUGCUAAAUAUGUCAAAGAUGUGGCUCAGGAUCUCCAAGAUGAACUGGCAGGAAGAAGUUUGGAAAAAGUAUCUAAGGAUGUUGACACCCAUAAAGAACAGAUAGAAAAAGUGGAGAUAGGUGUAGCAGGUACAAAGGUUGUCCUUAAGAAAGUCCACAGAGACGUCAAACAACAGGGUAAAGAGAUUGAUGGGAUCAAGACAGACUUAGUGGAGGUUAAUCAGAGGGUGGACAUUGUUGAAGGUGACCUUGAGGACACGAAUCUGAGGGUCGAUGAGGUAGAUAAGAAGACAAUGAGUAAUGCACCUACUUGGUCACGAGAUGUCACAAAAUUGUUGAACCCAGAAUCUGAGCAUGACUGGAGACUCCUGGCAAGUCGCCUUGGUUACAGUCCAGAUGACAUCAGAGGCUGGGCCACCCAAUCAGAUCCCUGCAUGGCCUUGCUGAGUGAAUGGUAUGCCACACACAAAACAUUUGAGGCAUCUAAAGGUGUGCUGAAUAUCCUGCAGGAGAUGAAUCGUUUGGAUGCUGCCAUUAUUGUGGAAAAUGCCAUGAAAGCUGCAGAGGGGGUUGUUGCAGAUGAACCAGUGGAUUACCCAGAACCCCCUGAGAUCUUUCUUAGUUACCAGUGGGGUCACCAGAAUGAGGUCAAACUCAUCAGUAGACACCUGGAGAUGGCGGGAUAUAAAUGCUGGAUGGAUGUGGGGCAGAUGGGGGGUGGGGAUAAGUUGUUUGAGAAGAUUGAUUCUGGAAUUAGGGCGGCCAAAGUUGUCAUCUCUUGUGUGACGGAGAAAUAUGCAAAAUCACCCAACUGUAACAGAGAGGUCAACCUGUCAGUCAAUCUUGGUAAACCUAUGAUCCCACUUCUGUUGGAGAAAAUGCCCUGGCCACCAACGGGUUCAAUGGGACCAAUCUUCAGUGAGUAUCUGUUCAUCAGAUUUUUCCAAAGACCAGGGGAGGAAACCAAGGAUGAUCGAAUCUGGCCAGCUGCCAAGUUUACAGAACUUCUUAUGCAGCUCAACUGUUUAAAAGUGAUGCCAGAUGAGAAAAUAGUAUCCAAAGAGUACAAGAAUUGGUGGAUCCCAGUGAUAGAGAAUAUUGUGAUCCCAAAGAAGACACAGGACAAAGCCAAUAAGACAUCUGUACCCACUAACAAACCACUGGAAAAGAUUACGUCCCCCGACAUAUUCAUCUCCUACCAGUGGGGAAAACAGAAGGAGAUAUCAGCUCUGUUUCAGAGACUGACCAGUCUGGGGUUUACCUGCUGGAUGGACAUCCAUCAAAUGGGUGGAGGGGAUUCCCUGUAUGACAAGAUUGACCGUGGGGUCAGAGGUUGUAAGGUUGUCUUGUCUUCAGUUACCACCAAGUAUGCUUUGUCUGCCAACUGUAGGAGAGAAGUCAGCCUGGCUGAUGCUCUGAGGAAACCUAUCAUCCCCAUGUUGAUGGAGAAAAUAGACUGGCCCCCAGGUGGACCAAUGAGCAUGGUUCUUACACAACUAUUGUAUGUUAACUUCUCAAAGGAUGAGUCCAUUCAAUUAUCAUGGGAGGGAAAAUGUUUUGAUGAUCUUUUGAAGAAGAUCAGAGAGUAUAUUCCAGAGGGGUUUCAAGAAGAAAGUCAAGGACGUAAUGAAACAGAAAAAGUUCAAAAUCAGCAGCUUGUCCAGAACCAGGAAGCAUCAUCGGAUGGUCAUAUGACCAAGACUGUGACCAAUGACAAACCACAGGAAGUAAGGACUGAGCCAAUCAGCACUGACUCUGCAGUGGAGGAUGUCCCAAAAAAGAAAUCAUCAACAUGUAUAGUGCUGUAACCAGGCAAAUUAACUAUUUUUAUCAAUUAGUGUAAUGAAAGGGUUUACUUAGAAAAGAUGACUAGUAUCAUGUGAGUAGGUUUCUGCAGGAUGCUUGCAAAUUUUUAUGUAAAAUCUUAUAUUUGCAGAAUUUGUUAAGUUUUAUUUAUUUAUUCAUUUAUUUUUUAAAUAUAUAGAAUUUGUUAACACUGUUUUUAUUUUGUUAUGAAAUUAUUUACAUGCAGUAUCUUUACUCAUCCGUCCAUAUACACAUACAUGUCCAUUUACAGAUGUCUGUACUAUAGUGUAACAAAUUCCUGUCCAAUUGUCUGACACUAGUAUCUUUACAGCAUGGCUGAGUAUUUAUGAGCCUUGUGUUUAUUUGGAGAAGCUAAACUUCAAGUUUACCAAGUUUCGCACUCUACCUGUUAAUUACCAUAUUUAUCUUUUUGUGAACAGGUAGUUUCAAGUUUACAUUUUGUAUUGUCUAAACUGUAUUUUGCGUGAUAAUACUAAAAGUAUAAUGCGAUGCAGAAAAUUGCCCAUAUUUCACAUUUCAGUUCACUACAUGUACAUGUAAAUUGUAGGUUUAAAUAGGGCUGAUGGGAGUUAGUGCCAUUACAUAUGUAUUAUAAUAUUAGCAUUCUAUCAUGAUUGGGUGUGGAAAUUUAACCAAAUCUAAUCAAAUCAAAAUGCAUUCUUAUUACAGUGGAAGUUGAUAGAUAAUUAGAGAUAUGCAUCAACAUGUCAUAUGUAGGUUUAGUGGUAUUAGGGAAUAACUGCAAAUCUUGUUAAAAUCAAGCACAUUGUUGUUGUUAAUUUCAAAAUAAAUGUUUAGACAUUACCUUGAAUUAAAGAUGUGAAAGAGUCCUUAAAACAUCAAGUCCCUUAGAUAUUGUUUUCAUCAAAAUACAAGCUUGUUUGUUUCCCAGGAAGCCAACCUAUAAAUUUUUGUGUGCUUUACAAAUAAACCAAGUACUUUUUUGUUACUACAUGUACUAGUUAUUUUUUCACAAGAAUACUUAUACUGUUGUGCAUGUAAGCCUUCAGGGGCAUUUUAGGAAUAAGUUUUGUAAAAGUAAAUGGAAACAACAUUUCAUGUCAUUUUUGUUUCAGCUUUGUUAAAAUUACACUGCAUCAAAGUAUUAUUCUGCAGUUGUUUCUGAUGUUUAGAAUUUGACCAAAAUGUUGGAGUGUGAGAUUCUUGGGCAUGGAAUGGAAACUGACGAAUUCUAACAAAUAAGAGGUGUUUUUCCCUUGAUUUUAGGAUAAUACAAACUAAAUUUCAAAAAAAAAAAAAAUUCAAAC